AGCACUGAAGUCUCUCUGACAGAUCAGAGGAGUUUUUAAAGUUAUGUAGUUUUAGAGUAAUAUGUUUAUUUGACAGAGCUGCUGGGUUGUUUAUUGCAUUCUCUAUCCAUUUGCAAGAAAUGUAAGCCUUCAGAACUGAAAGACUAAAGACUCUGGAGUGAUGCCAUAACUACUUACAGCAGAAUCAUUCAGUGCACUUCAACCUACUGUCCUUCAUCAUGUCCAGUGAUGCAAGAUGGUAAACAUUAGACCAAUGUUGCUGAAUAUACUUCAGAAUUUGUUGGAAGAGGACCUGAAAUCAUUUCAGUGGUACCUAAGCAAUGGUGUGGAAGGUUUCACUCAUAUUCCAAGGGCUCAGCUAGAAAAGGCAGACAGACAUGAUAUUGUGGAUAAGAUGGUGCAGAGCUACGGCUAUAAUGGAGCAGUGGAGAUCACACAGGCCAUCCUGAAGAAAAUAAACCAGAACCAACUGGCUGUGGAACUCAGAACCAAACACAAAGAAAAUGUAACUGAUAAGAACCCAGAAACCUGCCUGAGUACAGCUCAGAAUGGAGAAUCAGCUUUGCAACGCACCCAGUUGAUGGCCAUCCUGAAAGAGACAUAUGAACGUAUACUGAUUGGAAAUUCACUGACAGGACACAAGAAGUUCUUAGAAGAUAUCUACACUGAUCUGAUUAUAGUGCAGGAUGAGAGUGGAGGAGUCAUUCGUGAGCAUGAAGUGAUGCAAAUUGAAAUGCCUUCCUGUACUGAUGAGGAAAUUUGUAUCAAAUGCAGUGAUCUUUUCAAAAUCCAGUCUGAUACCAAUCGAUGCAAUAGAAAAGUACUGACAUCAGGAAUUGCAGGAGUGGGCAAAACUGUGUCGGUCAACAAAUUCAUACUUGACUGGGCAAAAGGAAAGGAGAACCAAAACUUGCACUUCAUUUUCCCUCUCCCCUUUCGAGAAUUGAAUCUGAAGAAGGAUAAGAAGUUUAGCUUGAUUGAAUUACUAAAUCAAUGUUUUUUCACUUCAAAAACUGCAAUAAAGUCUCUUCCAGAGGAUAAUGGUAAAGUUUUGUUUAUUUUUGAUGGGCUUGAUGAAUGCCGCUUUCCUCUUUGCUUUGAGGGUGGAGAGGAAGUAAAAGAUGUCAAUGAGAAGACCUCAGUGGGCUCAUUGAUCACAAAUCUUCUUCAGAAACAUCUGCUUCCCUUUGCGCUCAUUUGGGUAACUUGCCGACCAGCAGCAGCCCAUCUGAUUCCCCGGGACUAUAUUGACCUGGUGACAGAAGUGCGAGGAUUCAAAGAUGAACAAAAGGAGGGAUAUUUCAGCAAAUACUGUAAUGAAGAUGUGGCAUUUAAAAUAGUCUCACACAUCAAGAAAUCAAGGAGCCUCUACAUCAUGUGUCAAAUACCAGUCUUCUGCUGGAUCUCUGCCACAGUGCUUCAGCCACUGAUGGCUCAAGAGAGUAACAAGGACAUCCCCACAACCCUGACAGGAAUGUAUCUAAGCUUUCUGUUACAGCAGAAAAAUGUAAUGAAAAAGAAAUACCCUGAGGAGACUGCAAAAACUGUUAAUGUUGAGCACAUUAUUUUGAAGCUUGGAAAACUGGCCUUCCUUAAUCUUGAGCAGGGCACUCUGAUGUUCUAUAAGGAUGACCUUCAGAAAUGUGGCAUUGAUGUCAGUGAUGGCACAGUGUUCUCAGGAGUGUGCACACAAAUUUUCAGUCAGCAGAAAGGAGUUUCUGAAAGGAAUAUUUUCAGCUUUGUCCAUCUGACUGUCCAGGAAAGCCUUGCUGCUCUGUAUGUUCAUCACUCACACUGCAACAACCGAAGGAAUUCAUUCAGAAAGAAGACACUUGGUAACAAACUUACAUGGAGGAUGAAGAAUCUAACAGAUCUUCAUAAAUGUGCAGUGGACAGGGCUUUGCAGAGUGAAAAUGGACACCUGGAUCUUUUCCUUCGCUUCCUCAUUGGCAUCUCACUGAAGUCCCAUCAGAGUGACUUAAAUGAACUUCUUCCAAGCCUAAAGUUGAAAAGUGAGAGUGUCAGUGACACAGCUGACUACAUUAAGAAGAAACUGAGUGAGCAAGUAUCUUUUGACAGAAGCUUGAAUCUCAUCCAUUGCCUGAGUGAACUGAAUGACAACUCCCUGAUGACUGAAAUCCAGAACUACCUGAACUCAGGUGAUCUCUCCACACAGAGACUCUCAUCUACACAGUGGUCAGCUCUGGUUUUUGUGCUGCUGAUGUCAGAGGAAACUCAGGAGAAGUUUGAACUGAAGAAAUACAUACCGUCAGAUGAAGGACUGAGAAGACUCCUGCCUGUGGUGAAAAACACAAGACAAGCUCUGUUGGAUGACUGCAACCUCAACAAAGACAGCUGUGAAGCACUGGCUUCAGUUUUCAGUUCUGAUUCAUCUUUGAAAGAGCUGGACCUCAGUAACAAUGACCUGAAGGAUUCAGGAGUGGAGCUGCUUUCUGCUGGACUGAAGAGGUCACCCUGUAAACUGGAGACACUCAGACUAGCUAUCUGUAAUCUUCAGGCAAAAGCUUGUGAAAAUCUGGGAUCAGCUCUGCAAACAGUAAACGCGUCUCUGAAAAAACUGGAUCUCAGUAACAAUGACCUGCUGGAUUCAGGAGUGAAGCUCCUCUCUGCUGGACUGAAGAAUUUGCAUUGUAAACUGGAGUCACUCAGAUUAUCUGGUUGUAUGGUUACAGAUGAAGGUUGUUCUUCUCUGGCCUCAGCUCUGAAAUCAAACCCCCUCCACCUGAGAGAACUCGAUCUGACCUAUAAUAACCCAAGAGAGUCUGGUGUGAAGCUGCUCUCUGAUCUACUAGAGGAUCCACACUGCACCCUGAAGAAACUACAGGUGGAGCAUGGAGGAAAGAACAGGAUGAAACCAGGACUGAAGAAAUAUGCCUGUGAACUCACUCUGGACAUAAACACAGCAAAUACACACCUCUCUUUGUCUGAGGGGAACAGAAAAGUGGAAUGGGUGGAGGAGAAGCAGCCAUAUCCUGCUCAUCCAGAGAGAUUUGAGUACUAUCAACAGGUUCUGAGUGUGGAGAGUCAGUCUGAACGCUGUUACUGGGAGGUUGAUUGCAGUGGGAGGGGGGCUGUUGUAGCCAUGGCAUACAGAAAGAUCACCAGGAAAGAAGACAAUAAGAAUUGUUUAAUUGGAUUUAAUAAUCAGUCCUGGAGUCUGAGCUGCUUUAAUGACAGCUACAUUGUCUGGCACAACUAUAAGAUUACUACUGUACCUGCUCCCCCCUCUCACAACCGUAGAAUAGGAGUAUAUUUGGACUGGGGGGCCGGCACUCUGUCCUUCUACGGCAUCUCACUUAACACACAUACACUGACCCACCUACACACACUCCACUCCACAUUCACUGAGCCCCUCUAUGCAGGGUUUAGGGUUGGUCCUCACUCCUCAGUGUGUGUAUGUAAGAUGGAAUAAUCUUUC